CAGCCCGCCAGCCGCCAACUCGACACUCACUGCAACUCACUUUCACAAGUCGUCGUCAUGGAGAACUAUCAGAAGAUGGAAAAGAUUGGCGAGGCCCGCGACCUCACCACGCCCGACAACCGCAUCGUCGCACUCAAGAAGAUCCGUCUGGAAGCCGAGGAUGAGGGCGUACCGUCGACGGCCAUCCGCGAAAUCUCGCUCCUCAAGGAGAUGAGCGACCCCAACAUCGUGCGCCUGUUCAACAUUGUCCACGCCGACGGCCACAAGCUGUACCUCGUCUUUGAAUACCUUGACCUGGAUCUGAAGAAGUACAUGGAAGCUCUGCCCGUCUCGCAAGGAGGCCGCGGAAAGCCCCUGCCCGAGGGCUGCAUGGACGGCCGCGCUGGCCACAUGGGACUCGGCGAGGCAAUGGUCAAGAAGUUCAUGCACCAACUGUGCGCCGGCAUCCGCUACUGCCACGCCCACCGCAUCCUUCAUCGCGACUUGAAGCCGCAGAACUUGCUCAUCGACAAGGAGGGUAACCUCAAGCUCGCUGAUUUCGGUCUGGCAAGAGCCUUCGGUGUGCCUCUCCGCACCUAUACCCACGAGGUAACUUGCUUCUUUUCAAUCAAUCUGCCGACCAAGACUAACAUUGACCCAGNNGUCGUCACUCUUUGGUACCGCGCACCUGAGAUCCUCCUCGGUGGACGUCAAUACAGCACAGGCGUAGACAUGUGGUCCGUCGGUUGUAUCUUUGCUGAGAUGGCCACCCGCAAGCCUCUCUUCCCUGGUGACUCGGAGAUCGACGAGAUCUUCAAGAUCUUCCGCAUCCUGGGUACUCCUACCGAGACAGACUGGCCCGGUGUUACCAGCUUCCCCGACUUCAAGCCCAGCUUCCCCAAGUGGUCUCGCAACCCUGACGACGACAUCAUCAACCACGAUGGCGCAAGAGUUUUGGGCGAGGACGGUAUCGACCUUCUCGAGUCGCUACUCAUCUACGACCCCGCCGGCAGAAUCUCAGCAAAGCAGGCCUGCCUACACCCCUACUUCAACGACUCAAAGUACUACGGUGCGCGAAACGGCUACCACUGA